GUGUUCAGUUUUCUUCUGAUAAGGGUUGCCAGUGAGAGAAGCUUCUUGAUCUGUGUGAUUCUCUUCAAAUAAAUAAAAUACCUUUGGAACAAAAAUAGUAACAGUGGGAUUUCGGGAAUGAUAAUGUGCAUGGAAAAAUAACGCGAAAACGAAGUUCUGAGGGGUAGUGUGUGCUGUGUGGAAAGGUUCUCGCUGGCGAACUUUGGAGAAGUUUUCUAUCGUUUUGCCAUGCGGGGACGGCAGCGAGUGUCAUCAAGGGAACACAUACUUGGCCACGAUAAAGAUGAAAAUUUAGCUUCAGUUCGUAUACCAAAUGCCAAACCUUGUUGGCGGCGGUCUUUGCGGCAUGUAAUUGUGGCUUCUCUUUCUUCAUUCUUGUAUGGAUACCAUAUUGGAGUAGUCAAUGAAACCUUAGAGAGCAUUUCUAUAGAUCUUGGCUUUAGUGGGAAUACCAUGGCUGAGGGUCUUGUAGUAAGUAUAUGCUUAGGAGGUGCUUUUGUUGGAUCUCUGUUCAGUGGAUGGAUUGCAGAUGGUGUUGGGCGUAGAAGAAGUUUCCAGUUGUGUGCUUUGCCUAUGAUAAUUGGGGCUGGAAUGAGUGCAACAGCAAAAACUCUUUGGGGCAUGCUUUUGGGACGGUUAUUUGUUGGUACUGGAAUGGGACUUGGUCCACCUGUUGCAGCUCUUUAUGUGGCUGAGGUCUCACCUCCAGCGGUACGAGGUGCUUUUGGGGCCUUAACGCAAAUUGCAACAUGUCUUGGACUCAUGGGUUCUCUCUUUAUUGGAAUUCCAGCCAAGGAUAUAGUUGGUUGGUGGCGGAUUUGUUUCUGGGUAUCUGUCAUUCCUGCUACAAUGCUUGCCCUUUUUAUGGAGAUCUGUGCAGAGAGUCCUCAUUGGCUUUUCAAGAGAGGAAGAACCAUUGAAGCUGAAGCUUCAUUUGAGAAGCUCUUGGGAGGAGUACAUGUGAAACCUGCAAUGAAUGAACUUUCAAAGUCUGACAGAGGCGAUGGAUCUGAUUCAGUAAAACUUUCAGAAUUAAUCUGUGGCCGCUAUUUCAGAGUGAUGUUCAUUGGAUCUACACUUUUUGCGUUGCAGCAGCUAUCUGGCAUAAAUGCUGUUUUCUAUUUCUCUUCAACUGUCUUUGAAAGUUUUGGUGUACCAUCUGCUAUUGCAAACACAUGUGUAGGAGUUUGCAAUUUAUUGGGGUCAGUAGUUGCAAUGAUUCUGAUGGAUAAACUUGGAAGGAAAGUGCUGCUCCUGGGUAGCUUUCUGGGCAUGGGGUUAUCAAUGGGUGUACAAGUCAUCGCUGCAAGUUCUUUUGCAUCAGGAUUUGGAUCAAUGUAUUUAUCUGUUGGUGGCAUGUUACUGUUUGUGCUGUCAUUUGCUUUCGGCGCUGGUCCAGUUCCUUGUCUUAUCAUGUCUGAAAUACUACCCAGCAAUAUCAGAGCAAAGGCAAUGGCAAUUUGCCUGGCUGUGCAUUGGGUGAUAAACUUCUUCGUGGGUCUAUUUUUUUUGCGCUUGCUGGAGCUAAUUGGGGCGCAACUCCUGUAUAGUAUUUUUGGGUUUUGUUGUUUGAUAGCGGUGGUUUUUGUGAAGAAAAAUAUUCUGGAAACAAAAGGGAAGUCACUUCAGGAAAUUGAAAUUGCACUUCUUGCACAAGAAGCAAACUAAAUUGGUCAUAAUAUGGACAAGGAAAAUCUGUGCUUUGGUUGCAUGGGGGUCAAGUUUUGAGAGUCUUUGAGAUCAUCUCAUGCUAUAUUUUGAGUCUUUCUUCGAGUGCUCACUAAAGGCAUUUGUAAAUUUUAGUUUUUUUUUAAUACUCAAAAGUGAUGAACACAUUGCCAUUGAUACUUUUGGGCAAUGUAAUUGCUAAUUACAUAAUUGAUAUCAUAGUUUUUUUUACGGUA